AUGCUGCAUCAGAUUCUGCUUUGGGCAGCCGUCGCCUUCAGCGCUACCGACACCGCACCCUUCGUUGCUAGAAGCAACAGUCAGUUGAUGGUCAAAUCCCAUAUCAACGUUGGCCCAUCUUUCGAUGUGGUUUCGUCCCUCAUUAUUGGUUCGAAAUCAGCAGUCAUCAUUGACCUUCCGCUCGCCAUACCACAAGCACGCGCCUUGGCCGACUGGGUCAAGAACACGACUGACAAACCUUUGGUGGCCGCCUUUAGUACCCAUUUCCAUCCUGACCACUAUCUUAGCGGUGCUGCAUUUCUCGAGCAGUUCCCCGACGUACCAUACUACGCGAAUUCGAAAACUAUCGGCCAUAUGAAAACAGGACUCCCUCGCACGCUUGAGAUCUGGUCGGGCGUGAACGGUCGAGAGAACAUUGUACAGAAGCCUACUCUCCCCGAGCCUUACAACUACAGCAUCUUUACACUACCUGGCGAUGAAGCCUCCCCGGUCCAUCUUAUCAGCCUCAUGACUGGCGAUACAGUUGACGAGACUCUCUUUUGGAUCCCUUCAAUAUCGACACUGAUCGCGGGAGACGCAGUUUACGGAGACUCCAUCCACGUCUGGCUCGCAGACCUUCUCACUCCUGCCCUGACAGCAGCAUGGCUUUCAACCCUCGACUUCAUCGAGAAUCUUGCGCCCAAGGUGAUCAUUCCUGGCCACGCGAUAAACACUAGAGGCUUCUGUGCCACACGCGACCUGGAGUAUUCCAAGAAGUACCUUCAGCUCUUCCAGUCAGAGAUUGAGGCAAAGGGCAUCGAUUUCUACACUCCUGCCGAGAUUUUCAACACAUUUGACGAUGCUUUCCCUGGUCUUUUGCAGUCAAAUAUGUCUACAUCUUCUACUAUUCUCAACCUUACUGCAAAUGAGUUUGGUAGCGGUGGGAGCCGCUUCCCCCAAUACGUGGACUUGAAGUCAUAUACAAACAUUUCUGAACUUGAGGGCUGGAAAUUAGGUUAG